GUAUAGCACGACAGUUCGGUGUUAUAUGGUUGAUAUAUACACACUGAUGACACGACGAUGAUGGUGGAGAUAGUGAUGGUACGAGAACGUGAGCCAGUGAGUGCAACAUACGAUAGUGGCGGUGGCUCGUAGUUUUGUCGGAAAAUAAAUUACAUUGUGUACAACGAGUGACGAGCGAAUUUUCAUUUUGUACAUCCAGGAGGGUUAUGUUUACCACGAUGCUGCUGCACCGCACAAACUGCGAGUGCGAGAGCGAGGAUCACCAGUAGCAGACUUCUGCUCCGAAACGCGCCCUUAGAGACACUUGGCCCAACAGGGGUGGAGGACCGAGGAAAAAUGGCCGGGAUAAGCGGCAAGAGGACGUACUUGCGCGAAGUGAACCCUCACCUCAUCUGUCCCCUGUGCGUGGGCUACCUCAUAGACGCCACGACCGUCGUUGAGUGCUUGCAUUCGUUUUGCCGGAGCUGUAUACUGAAGCACCUGACGAAAAAUGCCCAGUGCCCGGUGUGCAAGCAUUUGCUCAACACAGCCAAGCCGAACAUCAAAGCUGACAAGACGUUACAGGACAUCGUGUACAAGCUGGUGCCGGGGCUUUACCACAAGGAGAUGCGCAGGCGGCGAGAAUUCUACAGCAAACACCCGGAGCACGGACUCGCUGCGAGACAGAAUAACCAUCUUGCCGGUGCUGAAUACGCGACACCGGAGCAACGAGGCGAGGACGUGAGCGGCCGGCUGAUCUUCGCGCCCGAGGACGCGAUAAGCCUCAGUCUGGAGUACCUGCCGACCGGGGCCGAUCCCCUCGAGUUGUUGUCCACCGACGCCGCCGACGGAGGCAGCGCCAACCACUCGGCCAAACAGCCGAAACCCAACAACGGCAUCACCCGGCGUUACCUCCAGUGCCCCGCCCUCGUCACCAUCGCCCAUCUCAAGAAGUUCCUCGCCCUCAAGUACGUCGUCGACGUCACCAAGUUCAACAUAGACAUCUGCCACAGGCGCGCCCCCCUGCCCGAGCACUGGACCCUCAUGGACGUCGCGUACAUAUUCGCCUGGAAGCGGAACGCGCCGAUAAGGUUCUUCUACCGCAUAACACCGGAGGAACAGUACCUGGAGGCUCCGCCGAACGACAGGCCGUCGACUCCGGGCUUGGGCGCGAGCCAGCCCGUGCCGAUAGAGCAGGCGAGCGAGUCUAACGAGACCAAGCCGGACAACCAGGUGAAGCACGAGAGGCCAACGAAACCGGCGGCAGCGCCCAACAAGGUCGAGAGUCCCCCGAAAUCGGUCAAGCCUAGCGAUACCGAUAAAUCCCCGGUACUGCUGGCCAAGCGCUCCUCUCCCAAGGAGGCCACCAAGUCGCUGGAGAACAAGCCGUCCUCGAGACCCGAUGAUCUGGUCAAGCAGGUCAAGAGCCCCCUGAAGAUCGCCAAGAACUCGGACGGUCGCUACCAGGUGCUACAGGGCCCGAGCGUUUCAGCAAAGGACGCGCCGUCCCUGGACAAGCCGGUUUGCAAGUCGCCGCCCGCCGAGUUCAGCGUCGUGAGCAUCAAGGACAGUCCCAACUCGAAUGGCUUCAAGAUCACCCUGAAGCAGUGCUCGCCCGGCACCGCCAACGCUACCCCCAACAAUAACAGCUCCGCGCCGAAGAAGCCCAAGGUCAUCAGCAACGUGCUCCUCAGCAAGACGGACAAGCUCGUCGGCGAUGAGCUCCACAAGCCUGAAAAGCAGAAGCGCAAGGUCCACUUUGGGGACGCCGACGCGCUCAAGGCCAAGAAGCCGACCGAGCAGACCGACAAGAAGCAGUUCCUCCACAGCUUCAGGCUCACUGCCAAGCAGGUUCCCGUGGGUAUGACGCAGCCGGAUGGCGACGUCAAGCACCAGCCGGAGCAACAAGUCGCGAAGGAGGAGGGGGCCGUGGAGAAGAAGGUGAGCGAGGAGCAGAAGGGUUCGGGUGGUGUCAAGAGCGAAAACGAGAGGGGUGAGGAAAAGUCGCCACCGAGCGCUGCGAAAAAGCGCCCAGGCGACGCGAAGACUACCUCUACCAACAUAGCCGAUCGGCUCGGCGAGGCUAAACCAGCGACGGACAGUACCAACGAACAGCACAAGCAAAAGCCACAAACGCCACAGCAGCAAGCGGUCGACGUGUACGCCUUUCCCAAUGAUCCCCCAGCGCCGGUGCCACCCGGGGCUGUCAAGAGAAAAUCCCCGCCUGGACAUCCGGCUUUCGAUUCGCGCAAGAAACAACAGCAACAACAGGUUGCCAAGAAAACCGGGAGUGGCACGCCGAAGCCGACAACACCCGUCAAGUGCUACAGGAACCAGACCAAGCCCUCUCUCUACGCAAAGCCAUCGCCUAAUCACGCCAAGCAAAACCUGCCGAUGAGUGCGAAUGGCAACGUGACACCGGCGACCAGUAUCGCGUCUCCAGCUGUGAGUUCAACGUCUCCGAAAAAGUCGGCUGCGUCGGCGCCACUGAUCUCAAACGACACGCGGAAUCUCCUCGAUGGCUGCGGCCUCAAUAUACCCGCGAGUUUGAGUAUAACCCUGACGUCGCCAAAGUUGUCGCCCAAUCUCGUCAACGAGUCGCCCGACACGCGCAUGGACCCGGCGAGGCAAACCACCAUCGACAGCAAGCUCAACCCGAGCAUCACCCUGAACGACAGAAGCGUGGAUCCGCGAGUGUUGAAGGCACUCAAAUCCGGACAGAUGCGUAUGUCCGUGUCCAAUGUAAAAGGCAAACCCACGGGCAGACCGAGAACGCCGGAACAGCAGAAACAGCCACCGGCGAAGCGGAAAAAAGAAGAGCCAAUGGCCGCGCCGGCUCCCCCGAAAAACAUUUUGGACCUAAGUGGCUCGAAGAAGAUGGAUCUGCAGACGUUGAAGAUUCCGAUUCCUCACGCGAAAAACAUGAAAAUCCGACCCAUUGGGUCCGCAAAUUGGCCGCAUGUCAACAACGUCAAGCCUGGCUCCAAAGAUGAUCUUGAAGCUUUCCCCGUUAAUCGACAGGUAGUAACGUUAGCCAGCGGUCAGAGGUAUUAUAGAGCGCCACCAGGAUCAUUAACACCGGCAGCUCAUAGAAUCAGUGAUAUGCCGAUGCCAUCCCGAGUACCAGUCUAUGCGCCCUCUGUAUUCUCGAAUUCUCCGAUGGGCCGACCUGCAGCGAGCAACUUUUCUGUCUUUCCCAGUCUCCAAAGUUUAUAUGCACUGAACCAGUCGACCCCGACUCUCGAACAAUUUCACAUGGAAAAUCGAUUACGAUUGAGCGCCGCAAAUAAGGAGUCGAACAAUCAGAAUAAUAUCCAGGUGAACAAGAGCCAUUUGGCAGCUCAGUGUGCGCCCGUCAAGCCCACGAGAACGUUCGCCGUGCCCAUAGCUAAGCAAUCCGUAGCUGCGCAAAAGGUGGUGGUGGCAAGUCCGCCCGUCCCUGUGGCAAGUAAACCACCUGUGAACACUACCAUCUCUGAGGGUAGCGAGACCACAAGUAGCACAACUACGGACGUGACCAGUGAACAGAAAAUAAACAAAAGCGACAGCUCGAAGGAAGCACUGCCCAAAGCAGAGCCGGCGGAGAACUGUGCAUCUUCCACUGACGAGAAAAGUUCUCCGCAAGACGCUGCCAGUCCGAGAGUCACGUCGACGGCUUCUCCGUCACCACCGCCUAGCGUUAGCGACAGUACCACUGACAAUAAAGAAAAACCAACCGUCUCGUCUGAACCGGAAAAAUGCCAGUCUACCACUAAUCCCGAGGAAGCAAGUAUCAAUAAAUCACCAGAGAGUCCAGACUCGAGUUCCGUGGUGACGGAAAGUGUGGGUAAUCUAGUCGACAGUACAAAACCAUCAAUUAUUGACAAAGUUCAAGUUAAAGAGUCUUCAACGGAAAAUAGUGAGAAUAAAGUCGACGAGCCGAUGUGCGAAGAGAAAAAAAAUGUCAAGGUAGUAACUACGGAGCCGGAGACACCUACGACGUCGGAAGCGUGGCAGAAACGCUUCCUGGCCGCGUUUCCGUCCAACGAGUGGUCGAACGCGGGGUUUGGGAAUUUCCUUAAGAGUUUGUCGGCGCAGGCUGAAGCUCAGUCAAAAAAUACUAAAACAGUAGAAUGAGAAAUCGUCGAGUCAAGCUCCAAUCAAGUAACGAAAAUGUCAGAAUACACAAGCGAUGCAAAGUUUUGAUCAUGUGUUAC